UUUUUUUUUUUUUUUACAAUAGAUUCAUAUAUGGAUGUACCGGAUGUAUACAUCUCCCAAACUGAAACAAUGUUCACAACUACAAUUUUUCCAACUACUUUGUAUACAACUACUUCCCCUGCUGUGCAAGAAGUCAAUCGUUUCCUGCUGGAUGUUGUUGGUCAGUCUAAGCCAAUUUGUUUUGAUAUUCCUGUUCCUCACAAACUCAGACUCCUCCAGGAUUCAGCUUCAGAGUUCUCUAUGAAUGGAGAGUCUUUGAGUGAACAGAAUGGAUUCCAUCAAAUUGCUUUUCAUUACAAAACUAACCAUCACUUGAAGAUAAACACAAAGUCUAUCAGUUAUCGUAAUGGCCAGGACAAAGUCAAGUUUUUGUGGGGCCAGAAACCAACCCAAUACAAUGCAGAUAGUGUGUCUCUGGUUGUUCGGGAAAAUGUAAUGAACGUUACUUUUGGAAAUAUCGGUGUUGUUAUUCUUUCUCAUAAGAAAGAUGGGGUCAUGUUUUUGUGGCCUGUCAUUUGGGAAUAUUCAAAAGAUGCCAACCUGACAGGUGUUUUAGGAAAGGCUGAUAUUUCAUAUGAAGAGACUGAAGGAUCACAAACACCAACUUUAAAGAUAAAAGACAAGGAGGUGAAGACUUCUUUGGAGACUGUCAGUGAUUACAGAUUGCAUUCAACUCCUGUUCGAGAAUGCUGGCUUGUACCGUUCCAGGCUCUGAUGGAGGCAGAGAUUUCUGAUUUCACUGUCACUCAGCUGUAAAGUU